AUGGCGGCCAAAGGCCGGCGGCAGAGGCAGGGCCAGGAGCGGGCGCGCUUCGUCUGCGUGACCCGCUUCGGCUCGCACCAGUGUGGCAGCGUCGUGCCGCUGGGCGGCCGCCAGUCGCAGGGGGUUUCGUGCCCGGGGCUGGAGGCGCACGACGACCACAACGAGGAGGAGCCGCUGGCACCGGAAGGCGCGAUGGCGGCCCCGGGCCUGGGCGCGGAGGCCUCCACCUCCUCCCAGGGGCCGGCGCUGCGCGCGCGGAGGAGCCGCGGGCCGCGGGCGCGUGCAGGUGGCCGGGGCACCGUGGUGGGGCGGGCCGGCCCUCUUGUCCCGGCGUCUGAGGCCCAGGGCCUGGCGUCGGGCGGGUUCUCAGGCCGCGGCUGCCCGCCCGUCCGUUUAAUCCGGAAGGAUGCAGAUGGAAAGUUCGAUUUCCCCAUACCAUUGAAUGAAGCUUCCAAAAUCCUGAAGAAAAAGAAAAAGGUUUCAGUAUGGAAUAAUGUAUACAAGGUCAUCUCCAAAAUGCUUGAAGAAAAUGAAAAAUACAGACUUAGGCUAAAAUGCCAAAAAUUAUCUAAUGCAACUCUCUGCUAUGGCCUGGGAAAGCAGUAGAAGAUGGCCCAAGUCUUUGGGCUCCUGCACCCACGUGGGAGACC